AUGCUCAUUCAGGCUGCUGGAUUAGUGGUUUCCCUGCAGCUGUUCCUGGUCCUAUCAAUGCAUUUCAGCUAUUCCAUGUCCUCUACAUUUGACAUUGCGCGGAUUGAGAGCAGAGACCUUCCACAAGUCAUGUUCCAGGUAGAAGAAAAUACAGAACAGGGUCAGAUUAUUGGAAGUAUUUACGACAAAAUUAGUUUACCACUAGACCAGAGAUUUCAGUUCUCCCUUCCACAGAAUCCCUUCUUUAAAUUCGACUCCGAAGGAUCCCUCUUAGUAGCUGGGAUCUUGGAUCGAGAGGGUAGUUCGGGGCUCUGUAAAGAGCCAGGCUUUCCAGAGACCUGCGAAUGGAGCAGUUUUCUAGUCGAUAAUGGCGGCAAUUACAUCUCCCUUCGUGUACAUAUUGAGGAUGUCAAUGACAAUGCUCCCUCCUGGUCCGUUCCCUUUGUAACAAUAACAAUUCCUGAGAAUAGCGCUCCAAAUUUUACCACGGAACUAUCAUCAGCUCAUGAUCCAGACUAUGGUGUUAAUGGCAUUAAGGAGUACAAGUUGAUUGCACCUCCAGCUUAUGAGGAUUUAUUUAUGCUGAAAAUCAAUCCAUUCCAUUCUCCCACACUCAAACGACGGCAGACACGAGAUCAGCAACGUCGGGUAAAAUCUACACCCUCUCCAAUCGGUAGUCCAAUUUUAGUUCUGCUGAAACCUCUAGACAGAGAAAAAUUACCAUGGAUAAAUUUAACCCUUCUAGCCAUGGAUGGAAGUCCACCUUAUUACACUGCUGCUUUGGAGAUACAUGUCAGAGUUAGUGAUGACAAUGAUCACUCUCCUGCCUUCACAUUCCAACGCUAUGUGGCUCAACUACCAGAAGUUGCACCGGUUGGAAGUACUAUCCAACUACGACCGAUUUCUAGUUCCCGCCAGUCUGAUGAUAACGGAGUUACAGGACCGCUCGUGAAUCACCUUCAAGCUAUGGAUCCAGAUGAAGGUGCCAAUGGAAGGGUGUACUACUCUUUUGCGCGUUCAACACCUUUAGAGACCCAGAAGACCUUCGCCAUCGAUAGCCAUACUGGUCAACUUCGAGUAGCUCGUCCCCUGAGUUACGACGACGGUCCGAUAGCGUGGAAUUUCCAAGUGGUUGCCACAGACAGCGGAAGACCGCCACGCUCUUCAUUCACAGAUGUUUCCAUCCAACUGAAAGACGCUAACAACCACCCGCCUAGCAUUAGCAUUCAAUCCUCCAUGUCGUAUAGGUCUCAAGAAGAUAAUGAGGAACACUUAGACGUGACUGCAGUCCGAAUUCGAGAGAACGUGAAGUUGAUGAAGAAGCAUUUAGCCACAGUGACUGUAAACGACAGAGACACGGGUGAAGGAGGGGAAUUUGACUGUUUACUACGAUCGGAAGACGCGGAGCACUUUUCUCUCGUUUUGAAAGGCCAGUUGCCUCAAGUAAUGAUCUACGACCUCUUUGUGAGUGGCACAUUUGAUCGAGAAGCGGACAAAAUUCGAAGUGUUGAAAUAUUCUGUGAGGAUAAGGGGAGUCCACGCCUCUCCUCCAGUCACCAGAUUCGACUUCUCAUUGAGGAUGAGAAUGACAACAGCCCUGUUUUCGAGUUUCCCUUCUACCGCUUGACUCUCUAUUUGGCUAACGCCAGACAUCAAAACUUUUCUACCAGAUACUACUUAUUGGUGGUACCUUAA